UCAAGUGGUAAUAACGCAUUGAAUUAUUAAUGCAAACAUUUAUAAAGCAAGCCGUCGAUGUUGACUGUGGUACCUUGAAAGGUGAAAUAAGCGGCGAAAUAAUGUUACGGAUGACAAUGGAUGUUAAUUCUCUCAGAGCUGGCAAUCGAUGGAUGGAGGAAAAUAUAAACAAUGGAUAUUUCGGUUUCAUUCGCCUAUCGAUCGCGUGAGUUGGAGCGAUCAUUUAUAAAAUAAUGUAGAAGCAUGGUUUCGAUAAGAAAUGUAGACACUGAAUUGCUAGUGGAGGGAGGAGAUUCAGUAGUGUAUACCCUCAUGGAUUGAACAAUUUAUUGAAUAGAUGAUACUGUAGAUAUAAUUAUGCAGAAUCAAGAAAUGUGAGCUUGAUGAAUCAGGUUUUCCGUGGAACACCGCAUCACUCUGUGAUAGGAGGAAAACGAUAAUAUAUAUAACAUUGACGGAACUGAAAAAAAUUCAAUAUUUGUCGUAUGGUUGGAAAGCUUUCAGGGUUGUGAUUUUAGCGCACUGUUAACUGUGUUCCACAAUUAUUAAAUUAUCUUAUGGAAAUUAUAUGCUGAAAUAAAGAAUGGAUAUAAAGAUGUUGGAGAAGAUGAGACUGUAGGUGUACUUUAAUGAAUUAUAGAAAGAAGUGACAACGAUUUAUAGAGGAUGAGUUCGUUAGUAGAAAAUCCAGGAAUUCCCCUUGUUGGGUUAAACGGGAAAUUAAAAAAGUACAGGACUUUAGAAAACGAACAAGGGGAUCCGCCUUCAGGCCGAUUUGAAACAGUUGGUAGCAGGUUAGCAAGACGAAAAGAACUCUUUGUAAAACGAAAACGGUCCAGUGAUGUAGCAUUAACUUUCGCAUUAGUGGGUAUCCUUUUAAUGGUGACACAAACAGAGCUGACAGCAGGCAAAGUGUACCACCGUUCCUCUCUACCAUCUCACUUAAUGAAAAUGGCAAUCACGGCAUCUACAGUGGCAUUGUUAAUCUUCCUAGGUAUAUAUCAUCGUUUGGAUAUACAGCUAUUCAUCGUUAACAAUAGUGUUGAUGAUUGGAGAAUAGCAAUGACCGCUAGAAGGGUCAUACAGAUGACGGUGGAAUUCAUUGUGUGUUCCAUUCAUCCAAUUCCUGGGAAUUUCUACACUACUUGGCCGGCUACUGUGGCUGAGGGGGAACAUCACAGACGACUCAUUGUUCCUCUUGAUACUAUACUUGCACUCCCAAUGUUCCUCCGACUUUUCCUAGUAUGUCGAUUUAUCAUGUUACAUAGCAAACUCUACGAAGACGCUUCUUCCCAGAGUCUUGGAGCUCUGAAUCGUAUUCACUUCAAUUUCAGGUUUAUUUUCAAGUCUAUGAUGACAAUGCAUCCUGACUAUGUAUUAACUAUCAUCAUGAUUGUGUCGUUUUUGAUAGCAAGCUGGGCGUUAAGAUUGUGUGAAAUGAGCGACACCGCAGAUGAAUCAGUGCAUUCAAAUUUUCUGAAUACGAUGUGGUUAGUCGCUAUUACAUUUCUCUCCGUGGGUUACGGCGACAUUAAGCCCAGUACAUACUGCGGCCGGGGGAUCACUGUCAUAACAGGAAUGAUGGGGGCUGGUUGUACAGCUCUAGUCGUUGCAGUCUUAGCCAGAAAACUGGAGCUCAGUCGUAGUGAAAAAUACGUACAUGACUUCGUUCUUGAUGUGGACCUCGACAAAAGGCUAAAGAAUGAAGCUGCUAACGUCAUGAAGUCCGGCUGGUUUAUUUACAAAUUUCGCAAAGUUAGAGUGAAUACUUCUAAAGCUCUAAAGUACCAGACGAAGUUAUUGGAAGCUAUUUAUAACAUUCGCCAAAUCAAAGCUGCACAACGACGUUUAUUGGACGCUUCCGUUACUCUGACCGAGAUGAAUAAAACUCAAAAUGAUACGAGUAGAUCCGUAGAGCUCAUACGGUGUAAGCAAGUGACAUUAGAGGAGAAGGUGGAUAAUUUAGAGUCCAAAAUUAUGUCGCUUCAUGAUAAGAUCAACUCCAUCCACAAAGCCUUGAAGGAAUAGGUGAUUUAUAUACUUCGACUACUAAAUGUUUAUUAUUAUUCAAAUUACAAUAACCCCUCCAAAACAAUAUAAUACUCCUUAGUAAACUCAUUACAGAAUAAAUGACUCUGAAAAUAUAGCUUAUUGUCAUCGUAAAAGCUUUAAAUUGAUAAUUAGAUUUAAUAUACAAAUGUAGUAAGACAAUUGAAUUACAAUGAACAGAAAAUGAUAUUUUGGAUAAUUCGAAUAAUCUUACAUGUAUAUUUGACCAUUUACUUAAAUAGAUUUAAGACUUCAUCAAAAUAAACAUUACAAUCUUUUAUUUUCUAAUUUGAUUUACUAUAUGUUAGAAACUUAAUUUCAUUACUGCACUAAGAGCUUAGAUACCAUGGUUACAACUGUAGCUAUAUAAAUUUGAUAUAUAUUGACUUAUCAUUGCAUUAUGUGUGCUUUAUCAAAUAUUCAAUUGCAGUGUAUACUUUGUAUGGUCCUCUCAAAUGAACUUCUAAUAGCAGCA